AUCAUUGAUCAACUUGAAAGAGCUAGGCCAAUUCUCCCUGUUAUCAUCAUCAUUAUCAUCAUUUUUUUGCUUGUUAUUCUUUCUCUUCCAAUUCACUUCUCAAGGUACAUUUAAAUACAAAACCUGUUAUCCAAAACAGUUUUAACGUUUUCCUUCAUUUUUCCUUCUUCGGUCAACUUUGCUAAUUUGUUCACUUCAAGAACCCAUUUUUGUACCCAAACAUUGUGAUUACAAAUCAUUACUUUUCGUGGUUCCUUUACUCUUUUGUCCCACUUGAUAUUUGGAUUUUGCUUCUUCUUCAAAAUAAUGUCACACUGAGACAAUAGACGAAACUCACCAGGGUGUGGUAAUUACUCGCGGGUGAUGAGAAAGAUUAAGAUGAACACACCGGCUUGUGCAUUAUCCACUUACAAUGGUUCAUCAAUCAACUGUAAUCCUAAAGGAAUCAACGUGUAAAAUCGUUUGUUAUACAACAUCUUCUACUUCAAAGUAAAAUUAUCUUCAACAAUUAAAAGUGAUAUUAAACUAUUUAUUAAAACAAUCAAGUAAAUACAAGAUCAUCUUUUUGGGUCCAAAAGGCACAAUUUGUGGUUCAUUUCAAUGGAUUUGGCUACUUAAUCAACUUUAAUUGUGAACUCGUUUUGUUGUUUAUCGCCUUUUAUUCAGCGUCUUCCCGUUGUUGGUUUACUUUUUGUAUCAAGUUAUGUGGAAACGCUAAUUUGUUAAUCAGUGUUUAAUUUAUUACCAUUAAGUGCACAUUUUUGGGCCAAAAUUUGGAUUAACUUCACUUUAAAAUGAGUUAUUAUUAAAUUAUUGGAUUUAAACCCGAAUUGGUGAUGCAUAUUAAGAAAGAAAUCAAUUUUGUUCCUUGCAACAAUUAAAAAUUCAAAUUGAUUUGCCUGCUAUAAUAUUAUUCAAAGAUUGAUUUACUGAUUGGAACGAUUAUAUUCAACCAACUGGCCUGUAUUACCAAUUGAUUGAGAAUUGCUACAAAAUUAGUUCCCAAAUAGAUUUAAACAACUCAAUUAUCAAACUGAAUCCACAGUCCGGUAAUCACAUUAAGAACACCAACAAACAGACAAAAUUCACCCACUCGAAUGAGCAUCCAAUAAACUAUUAGCAAAAGUGAAACAGAAAAAGAAAAGAGUUUAGAAUAAAAGAAAUGACGAAAAGAUGCAAUUGUUGAUCACACAUUAAUUCACUCUCACAAUUAACUCACACAAACACACAAACACAGUUUGAAUGAAACACUUAGUUGCCUGAUUAAACGAUGAUUAGUUUAAAACUGUAGUUGGCCUGGAAAAUUAUUUAACCAAGAAACAAAAAAAAACGAAAUCUAAAGUUUGCAUUGAAAACGCACAUUGUUUUGUCUUUAGUGGAUAACAAACAUUUUAGUUGAAUGCUUGAAAUUUGCCUGUCUUUUAUUAUUAAUGAAACAAUAAGUUAAAAAGCGGAAAAACACGUUAAAAGGAUAACGAAAACUGGUCUAUUCUUGACAUAAACUCCCAGUUUGCUGGGAGUUUUAACUGGAGAUAUAAUAGUUCUGAUUAACUGGCAGUUUCCAGAGAAACAACAUUUUAACAUUUUGUCUUUUUCUUUCCUUUCCUUGUUGCGUGAUUCAUGAACGCCAUCAAAUUGAAUCAACACUAAUCAUCAAUCGACCGUUUUUUUUUCAUCAUUCUGUAUUUGUUUCCAUUUAAUCAACGUUUGUAUUUGCUCACCAAUUGAUUCUCAUCAUGAACAGUGCAGCGGUUAUUGGCCGUCAACUUCGUCAACAAGCAACAACCGGUCGAACCUCAGGUCCUCUGGUUCCACCUCAGGCACCUGGCAAGGGUCGACCUCGGACACCGUCACAUGCUCCCACCUCGGGUCGCCCCUAUUCACCUGCUCCAGCCUCAAUGACAGGGACGUCCGGUGAACGGUACAAUGUGAUUCCUGGAGCAGGUGGAGGAGGCGGUGGACCCGGUGCCAGUCAUUUAAAUUACCCUUCUUCCCAUUCGGGGCUCUAUGGGGAGAAGGAGAGGAACAAAGGUGAAGAGCCCAAACUUCAGUGUACUUGGCAUUGUUUCUGUGUUGCCCUUAAAGCGCUUUCCGGUGGUUUAGUCCUUUUUGUGGCUGGAACCAUCAUGUCUGUGGUUGGCUUUGUGGCCGAUGCCAAUCACAAUUCAACGCAAACCCUGUCCAAUGAUACCGUCAUUGAGACUCCGCUUCCCUCAGUUUUUCGUAAUUUAACCUUUGCAGGUCCCGUCAUCAUGGGUCUUGGAGGUAUUGUUAUUGUUGCCGCUCUUGUUUUAACCUUUGAAGUGCGUGAUACUCUCGGUGUUAAAGUUGUCCCUGCAAAGCCAAGUCCACGGACAGCACCGCCUGGCAACAGUGCUUUACCAACAUUAACCAACGACAGCAACACUCUUUAUCCAACCAAAGACUCUAAAGGUGAAGUUGGAGCAAGUAAAAAGCCUUCAACCAAAUCAACUUCAAAUUUAGUUUUAGACCAACGGAAAGAGGCGAUACCUUCGAUAGCCUCAACCAUGUCACCUGAAAAUCGAGUCUCCAAUCAAUCCAUUGAAGCAAGUGCAGCGAAAAAGUUGACUCUUGAUAUUGGACACUCGAUGAACCAACGAGGUUCAACCCAAACGGGUAAAGAACAGUUGAAAGGACCAUCAAUAUCAACCGCACCAAUGACCAAUGGAAAGCACCCAAAUGGUGAUCCUCUCAACAAUCAACUUCAACAGCAACAUCACCAUUUAUCAGUGCGAAAUGGUUCAAGUGGCGCAACUCGAGGUAAAGUUAAACUUGAUCCAAGUUCGUUGACCAUUCCAUUUGACAUUCUCUCCGAUCUUGGUCCAGUGACGGGAAGUUUCCAUCGACAGCGAUUGGGUGAUACAGAGACGGCAUUCAAUGGACUACUUCCACUUGAUGAUCCACUGAUUAUGGAUUCAAGUCGAUCGCGAGUCCAAGGUUCCAAAGACAACAAGGUGCGUCAAGGUAACAAUCCAGCUCAAAAGCAGCCUUCUGGAUAUCAAGCUCAACCUUCAUCAUCAGCAGUUGAUAAUGCUAACAAUUUAUUAGCUUCCCUAUCAAGUGGUACUGCUUCCUUAAGCCAUGUUAUCAGUCCAAAUCUCGAAUCAUUUUAUUUUGCACUGCCUUCACCUCAAGAAACAGAGCUUUCUGAUCCCGAUGGAUGUUCAUUAACGGUUCCUACUCGUUGGAGAUCUUCACGUUGCUCUUGUUCAGCCUCACCGACUCAUUCAAUGUCAAUGGAACUGUAUUUAGACCAAAAAGAUCCACCAAUCAAUAUCAAGAUUAUUGAGCAACAAAGGAUUCAGGAGCAGUUGAUCAUUCAACAGCAAAUCUUACUGAAGCAACAACAAGAUCAAUUGCAAAGGUUAAUCGAACAAGCCAACCUUGGUCGGACCAUUCCUUUUCGUCGGCCAAAGGUAUUGGCUUCCAUUGAGAGUGAUGGAUUGUCGUCUACAUCAUCUUCCAGUGACGAUCUUUUUGUGCCCCUUCGACGAUCAAGACCAUCCUCAUCAACAAGUCCUUUUAAUAAUCAAACUUAUCAUCAUCCUCAUCAAUCAUCAUCAGCUCCUCACUAUCAACACCACCAUCAGCAACUACAACUAGGACCUCAACCUAGAUCAUCACAAAAGCCUACACCAGCAACAACUUAUCAACAGUCAACAUCCUCAAUGGAUAAUCAUCCAUUAAUUGGACCUGGACCAACAUCGAAAAAACAUGACGACGAUGAACCUCUAGUGUCGUCUUCAUUUGGAUUUAGAUCGGAACUUUCUUCUGAAUUUUCAUCUAAUGCCAGUGAGCUGGACUCGCCUUUGAAUAUUGAUUUGGAUGAAGAUUUAACCAAAACACUGGCAAGAUUGAGAUCACCUAUUAAAUCGACCUCAUUCUCUAGGUCAAAGAGUAAAGGAAAGCACCAUGAAGAAUCAGAGGAGAAAGAAGAUGAACCAGAUGCAACCGAAUCUACCAGAUUGUUACCCUCAUCAUCAACAGCCAAAUCCUCAUUGUCUCCAACAAUUACGCUUAAUCGACCUGAUAAUUCAAGUUAUGAUAACACGCCUAAUGAAAAAUCAAGUUCAGCUGAUCCAACAGUAACAAACGAUAAACGAUUCCCGUUGUUACGUGAAGUCUCUUUAAGUAAUGGUUCAGUUCCUAAUAGGAAAAGAUGAUUGUUCAUACACUUUAAUAGAUUCUCAAAGUUUAUUAUAAUUUAUUAUUUAUUGUGAUAAAAUGCAUUGAUAUAAAUGAUUAAUCAAUUCUUAAUUUCGUAAGCCUUAUUCCUAUGAAUACAGUUUUUAUUCACAAUAGAAACUCGUAUUAUUAAUAUAAUAGUAUUAAUAAUUUAAAAUGAAAAAAAAUAAAAUGUUUCCAUGUUUUGAGUGCCUUUGAUAUUUGACUUGCUAUGUACAUCAUCAUCAACACCAUCAUCUUUAAUAUCUUCAUCACCAUUAAAAGCAAUCAUCAACAAUUGAAAGGUUCAAAGUUAAAUGGUACAGGAACGUAAACAAAUGAUUAAACCGUUUCUCACAGUUAAUUGCAAGACAAUUGGUCAGUCAAUGGAUGGAUAUAAAUGUAUAAAUAAGUGUAUCAGUUGCUCAUCUCAUUCAAAACAAACACAAAGUUGCCUAACAUUGAUUAUCACCCAAAACCAAUUCAAUGUAAACCUCAAAACAAAUCGAUGUAUUAACCCAAAGUCAUCAGAUUUGUCUAACCAAAGAAACCCAAAAGACCAGAAAAAUAAACGGAUAAUCAUUUAAACCGAGAAACAAAGUCUAA